UGAAUUAGGAAAAGUUUUUGUUCAAAAGGAGGCAGCAGGAGAGUUUAGUAUUUUCGAUAUUUUAAAAAACAAGAAUUUUAAUCCCAUGGCACCAAUCACUGUAUUACCAUCCAAACCUUUAUCAUUAACGCGUCAAGAAUAUUUAUAUAAAAAUAUUCGAAAGUUUGUUGAUGAUCUGUUUCAGGAUAUUUUAUGUCCUAAACCAUAA